CUGCCCCUUCAUUCAGUGAGCCGGAGUUAGUCGGGGCGGGUCGUCACUGCAAUCUAUCAUAUUACACUUUAUAUUUUGUGUAUUUUAACUUUAGUGUAGGGCGACCCGAUACCUAACCCGACUAGAGUACUUAAAAGCAACAACCAUGUUGCACAUAAAGAAUAUCGCUAAGACAGUAGUUCCGCCUUUGAAGAACACCAUCCAAAAUGAAGCCGUCAAUAAUAUGCUCAGAAUUACGCCAGCGGCUGUGAACGUGUGCUGCCGAACAUACGCCAGCCAUGAGAUCCCAGACAGGCUUAAGGACAUCCCGACCAGUGCAAACCCCAGAUUCUUUGACAUGGUGGAAUACUUCUUCCACAGGGCAUGCCAGGUGAUCGAAAACAAACUGGUGGAGGACAUGAAGUCGAGGGUCUCCAUCGAAGAGAAGAAAAAGAAGGUGGCUGGUAUUCUUAAUAUGAUGCAGCCUUGUGAUCAUAUUAUUGAAAUCCAAUUCCCUCUGAGGCGUGAUUCCGGCGACUACGAAAUGAUCCUGGGAUACAGGGCGCAACAUUCCUCGCACAGGACACCUACUAAAGGAGGUAUUCGAUUCUCAACGGACGUGACUAGAGACGAAGUCAAGGCCCUGUCUGCUCUGAUGACGUUUAAGUGCGCGUGCGUCGACGUGCCCUUCGGCGGCGCCAAGGCCGGCAUCAAGAUCAACCCCAAGGAGUACUCCGAGCAUGAGCUUGAGAAGAUCACCCGUAGAUUCACCCUUGAGCUCGCCAAGAAGGGAUUCAUUGGGCCCGGCGUCGACGUGCCAGCCCCCGACAUGGGAACCGGCGAGCGUGAGAUGUCGUGGAUCGCCGACACCUACGCCAAGACCGUGGGCUACCAAGACAUCAACGCCCACGCCUGCGUCACGGGAAAACCCAUCAACCAGGGUGGUAUCCACGGCAGAGUUUCGGCUACCGGCAGAGGAGUAUUCCACGGAUUGGAGAACUUCAUCAACGAAGCCAACUACAUGAGCAUGAUCGGCACGACCCCCGGCUGGGGCGGCAAGACGUUCAUCGUGCAGGGCUUCGGUAACGUGGGGCUGCACACGUGCCGCUACCUCGUGCGCGCCGGCGCCACCUGCAUCGGCAUCAUCGAGCACGACGGCGCCAUCCACAACCCCGAGGGCAUUGACCCCAAGGCUCUGGAAGACUACAGGAUCGAGAACGGCACGAUCGUGGGCUUCCCCGGGGCUAAGCCCUACGAAGGCGAGAACAUGCUCUAUGAGAAGUGUGACAUCCUCGUCCCCGCCGCUGUGGAGCAGGUCAUCCACAAGGAGAACGCGCACAAGAUCAACGCCAAGAUCAUCGCCGAAGCAGCCAACGGCCCCACCACACCAGCCGCCGACAAGAUCCUCAUCGAUCGCAACAUCCUCGUCAUCCCCGACCUUUACAUCAACGCUGGAGGUGUCACCGUCUCCUUCUUCGAGUGGCUGAAGAACUUAAACCACGUGUCCUACGGCCGUCUCACGUUCAAAUACGAGCGCGAGUCCAACUACCACCUAUUGGAAUCGGUACAAGAGUCUCUCGAGAGGCGCUUCGGUCGCGUGGGAGGCCGCAUCCCUGUCACGCCCUCUGAAUCCUUCCAGAAGAGGAUCUCUGGAGCCUCCGAGAAGGACAUCGUGCACUCCGGACUUGACUACACCAUGGAGCGCUCUGCUAGGGCCAUCAUGAAGACUGCUCAAAAGUUCAACCUGGGCCUAGAUCUGAGAACAGCUGCCUACGCCAACUCCAUCGAGAAAAUCUUCACGACCACCGCCGACGCCGGUCUCGCGUUCUAAACUCAAUAGAUUAUAACAAAGUAUUGUCUGCAUUUCAUAGACUCCAUUUUAGCCCCUAUGCACAUAUUUUAUUAUUAAGACAUUUUAAUCACAGUAUUUCUUUUUUGAAAUCAUUGCUUUAUUACUUACAGAUAUGCAAGCAUUGUUUAUCAAUUAAGUGAAAUUAAGGUUUUCCAAUUGUAUGUAUCAUUGUGAAUUUUGAAUAAAAUAUUGUUUUACUGUUAA